GAGAGUAAAUUUUAUGGCCAAAUUUCCCCCCCACCCCAAUAUCUCAAGUUUAUUUGUCCAAUCAAGCUAAUGAUUAUGCACAAUGGAUUAAUAAGUAUUAUGGCGACGCCCACGUGCCAAGCAUCGCUGCGGUGACACCUUCCCUUAAGGAGGGCAUAGCUCGGGGCUGGCAAGGCGUGUAUUUACACGUGUAAAUACACCAAAGCCAUUAUCAAAGAGAGACAAAUAAUUAACAUAGAUAAGUGGAAUAUAAGCCACUUGAGGGCAGUGCCUUUUCACACUGCCUUUGUUUCACUAGGGUCUAACAAACUGCCUUGCACAUAACAGACUCUUAACUAUAUGUUAAAUUGAAUUAUCGUAUUUUUUCAUUCUAAUUUUACCACGAUUACGGCUAUCACAUACGCACAGAGAUAGUUAUGACUUCACUGUUAUUUUGGUUUUCUUAGGACUAGGAGGUUAGUACAUUUUCUAAGGAAGUUGAUUUUCUGCCUGAUCUUGCUUGAACUUUGGGGGAAAAAUGUUUUUUUGGUAGGUUAAGAUUGCCUGUGGAAACACUGGCCGGCUUUUUGCUUGGAGGUGCAUUAAUCAUUUUAGUCGGCAAAAUGAGACAGAUUUUGUUUAUGCAAAUGUUACUAGGUCUUGUGGGAAAGGUGGCUGAGCUAACUUGUUUUGUUUGCUGUGAUUUUGAAAACCUGAUUCAUAGUGAAAAAUAAGGCAAAAUAAAAGUUUAUAUAUUUUUUUCUUUCCUCCUCUCCUAAGCCAUUAUUAUAGCAGCAUUAAAUUGUAGGAGCACCUUGGAGGCCUUAGAGUUUUCCCUGGAGAAAUCUGUGGCUUCCUGGCAAAACAAAGGAAACAAGAGAAUACAAUCUCUCUCUCUCUCUUUCUCUUCCCGUGGUACGUAUUGCAGCCGAUUAUUUUGAAUCAGACUUGAAGUGAUCAGAAAUGAGUGAACCAUCUGAACUUGAUAAUGCAAAACACAGUUCCACUCAAGAACAGGCAGACUCAAGUUUUCCCGAGAGAGAAUGUCAAAUUGGACAGAAGCAACUGCAACAAAUAGAGCGACAAUUAAAAUCCUUAGCAUUUCAAAACCCAGGACCUCAGGUUGCAGACUUCAAUCCUGAAACUAGAGAGCAGAAAAAGAAGGCCCACAAGUCAAAGAUGAAUGAGUAUUUCUCUGCAAACAAUAGUACCCCAUUUAUCCGGAGGUCAGGCUUACGGAAUCCUCAUCCUUCUGGAACACAGCCAAGAAGCAGGAAAGUGAUGAAGAAAUAUGACAAGAAUGGCCGGCUGAUUUGUAAUGGUGCAGACUUAUGUGACUGCCUGGAGAAGAACUGCCUAGGUUGCUUCUAUCCAUGUCCCAAGUGUAACUCAAACAAAUGUGGACCGGAGUGCCGCUGUAAUAGGAAAUGGGUCUAUGAUGAUAUUGUAACCGAGGGUGGUGAUGUUGUUAGUACACUGCCAUAUUUUGUUCCUGACUGAGGUCUUUGUGAGAAGAUUUGUGCUUUUUUACACAGCAACUAAGCACAGAAUGGGCAGUUAUUGCCUAACUUUUUCAUCUGGUUUUUUCAAAAUGUCUGAUUAAUAUGAAAAAAAAAAUUUCAUUGUGUUGAACAACCAAAAAAGCACCUCUCCUUAGAUGUGCCAAUUCAGAUUUUCCUCAGUUACAGUUUUCUGAACUUUAGGAUGUCCUAAAUGCCAAAAAGGAAACAUUUUCUGAUGCAUAAUAGGAUAGAAUCAUUUAAUUUCUCAUUUUUUAAUAGUUUCAUUUGUCACAAGAUCCAGUUAAAAACUGCCUUUAAAUUUUAAUUAAUGACAUAUUAUUUGGGCUGUUUUCCAUAAACAAAAAUUUAUAUUUUAUACAUAUAGACUAAGAAAUAGUAACUUUUAGUUUCUAAAGCCAAGAGCCCAAUGGCUUUCACAUUGCAACUACUACUUGAAAGUGAAAACAAAAAACAAAAACAAGAAAAUGUGAGUUGUGUUUUGAAAGAAUGUUUUAUGUGUUUCAAGUUAUAUAGUAUGUUGAUAAGUAGUUUCUUAUAAGACAUAGUGUGUGAAUAAGUACUUGACUGAAAAACUUUUUUCCCUCAUGCUGUUUGCAGAUAUUGUGGAAAUUUUUCUGAGUUUCUUUUGUAUUUUUGAUAUCAUCAUUCUGAGUUAUAGUAGAAUGAAGGUUGCAAGAAAUAGGGGUAGAGUCAUAGUGUUUAGACUAAAUAAAUUGUACUUAUAAAAUGUG